AUGGCAGAAGCAAUGAUGAAUACUCCAGACAACCCCAGCUAUGUGACACCUGAAGGUUAUGUAGGAGCCCCUAUGCCAGAGUCACAGGAUGCAGUGGGAUUAGAUUUGGGCAUGUAUAAUCUUCCAGAAUAUGCGAAUAAAGAAGAUAUGGGACUAUUAAAUACAACUCUGGAUGGGAUUGUUAACAUGCUGUCCGCUCUUGACAACAAGAUGAAUGAUAUGAACAACAAGGUGAGUGAUCUUAACAACAAGCUGAAUUAUAUUGAAGUGAAAGUUACUAACAUGCAAGACAAAAUGAGAGGAGGAGGAAGCACUUACCAGAAAAAAGAAGGACAAGGGGAAUCGGGAGAAAAAAAGAAAACUAGACAGACGGAUCCAUGCUACAGGUGCAAAGAGUUAGGGCAUUGGGCCCCAGAUUGCCCCAAGAAAGAUUUGUGCUACAAGUGCGGGAAAUUUGGCCAUUGGGCUAAUAAGUGUACAGAGGAUGAGGAGGAUCAACAAUUCGUCAAAGAAGUACAAAAACUGGAGAAAAAGUCUCAGGAACCCAAGAUCUCAGGGACCCACCAGACCAAACCUCCAGUGAAAGAAGGAGACAAAAAAGAGAAAAAGGAACACAACAGAGAGAAUCCAGGACCCAGCACUACUCACAAGAGGAAACUAUCCCUGAUGACCGAUAAGGCCCAGAAGAAGAAAAAGUAA